GAAGCUGUCGCGUUCGGAGCGCCGAAGUUUGGUUUAUUCGUGACCGCCGUGCUGCUCUGGAGUCGGGCUGGUCAUCUUUUCCGAGAUAGUUUGGACGUCGCCGCUGGGGACCUGUGCCAGCGGCCAGCGGUCUUCGAAGCGGUGGUGUGCGGAACGGUCAGUGCUUGGGAGUUACUGAGCAGGGCUCUCGCCAUCUGUGUGGUCUCUCGCAGCCGAAGCACGUGCCCUUGCGGACAGUGCCCAGGCCAGAAGUCUUCAAGAAACGCCGCAAAACCACAGUUUUCAUUCGAGAGCUACAAAAAACAUCCCAUUGGGAGUACGCUAUUUUCUCUGACUUCUGCAAAACUUCGUAUGCGGAAAUCCGAACUUCUCUGAUGAAGAAAAUUUCUUGGACGAAGAAGACUGAAAAACCAUCUACCUACAUUUCAAAAAUGGAUGAGAGGAAAGGUGACUUAUAUUUUCAUAUGGUCCUACAUUAGUCGGAUUACUGCUCCCUGCGUUAAAGAACCGGAAUGCAAGUUGCAUGAAUCCUUCACGAACGAGAACCUCGGCUCCUUUCUUUGUAAUGAAUUUUCACCAGAACGUUUGAACGAAAUUUAUGUACUUAAUGUUGAAAUACACUAUUUGAUUAAGCAUACUUUAUUUUCUUGGUGCGAAACAAUU